AUGGGCUUCCCAGUGGGAUACACAGAGGUCUUCUUUCCCAACAUCUUUCUCCACACACUCUCUCUUCUGGGUUUCAUCCGAAACCUCAUUUUCUCGCUCUUCUACUUUCUGGGUCUCUCCGAAUUUCUCGAAACCGACGUCGUUUGGCCAGAGACCAGGACCCGUAUGCCCGAAAACCCGCCCGUAUCGGCCCUCCUGAUCCGGGAAUUCCUGCCCGUGAUUAAGUUUCGGGACCUAGCCGGAGACCGCCCGGAAAACUGCGCCGUUUGCCUGUACGAGUUUGAGGUCGAGGAGGAGAUCAGGUGUUUGACGAAUUGCAAGCACAUUUUUCACAGGGCGUGUUUGGACCGUUGGAUGGACCAUGAUCAGAAGACGUGCCCUCUUUGUAGGACGCCCUUCGUGCCUGAUGAGAUGAGCGAUGAGUUUAAUCAACGGCUCUGGGCUGCCUCUGAGAUUCACCAUGAAUUUUACAGUGAGUACAGUUCGGUUUGA